GUUUUAGAGGGAGCAAACUUCCGAGUCGACCCUGACAUAAUAGCAACAGAUCUAGACGCCUGGUGGCAGUAAGUUGGUGGUGCUGCUUGCCUCCUGGAAAAGCAAGGUUUGUACAGGCAGCAGGCUUCUCCUGCGAGGACCUCAAACCUUUCUGCUGCAUUGACUUGAUUCAAAAGCAAGGGGCGCUCUGAGCAAAGCAGGUGCUUACAAUGGCUGAGCCUGUGGCGAAUGGGGAACUGCCACGGUGGACGAAGCUGGCAGGGAUGGAACUUUCCAAACCAAGAGUCAACAACAGCCUGACGAAUGAGAAGACAGUACUUGAGGGCAGCGGGCCUAAAGGACGGCGGCUGACAUGGUACAACUGCGGCCCCACCGUCUAUGAUGCUGCUCAUGUGGGGCACGCACGGAACUACCUUACUUUCGACAUCAUCCGACGAAUUCUGGAGGACUACUUUGGCUACAGCAUCUUCUACGUCAUGAAUGUUACUGAUGUGGACGACAAAAUUAUCCUGAAAGCACGACAGAACUUCCUGGUCGAAGAGUACAAGGCAACAGCUAAAGACCCCAAUCAAGUUCUGGAAUGCAUCCGGGAAGCUUUGAAGACAAUCAUUCCCAAGCAGGAAAGCAAGGUCCGAGAACUAUCAAAGAAAAUAGACCUGUUGACACGGACCACGCCGAGUGCGCCUCCGAUUGACGAGCCUCACAUAGAAAAGGUCGGCCCCGGCGAGUGUGAAGAGCCGACAAAAGUUCCAUCCACAUCUUCUGUUGCAAAGCAGCUGAAGGAGCUAGAGACAGCCGUGACACAAGAGGAGUUGAAGUUGUCGAACCAUAUCAAGUUGCGGGAAAAGGUAGAGGGUGCGGCAGAGGCGGCUCUUGCAGAUGGGGCAGAGGGUGCAGCGCGGCUGAUCGAUGUUGGGCGAGACGCGCUGGCACUGGCACUGGAUGCUGCCAUAGGGAUAAACGUGCAGGACCAGAUGAUCUUCCGGAGUCACGCGGCCAAGUACGAGGCAGAGUUCUUUGAGGACAUGGAGAGGUUGGGGUGGCGGAAGCCGAGAGUCGUGACCAGAGUCACAGAUUACAUGAGCGAGGUAGUUGCCUACGUUGCCAAGAUCGUGGACCGAGGAUUGGCUUACGAGGCGAAUGGGAGCAUAUAUUUUGACACGGUGGCCUUUAGAGAAGCGGGCCACCGAUAUGGCAAGCUGUGCCCCUGGGCGGUGGGGACCGCUGAGCUGGCGGCGGAGAGUGAGGCCAACUUCGCCACCAGCGAGAAGAAGAGCCCUAACGACUUCGCACUCUGGAAGGCCAGCAAAGGCGGGGAGCCUUUCUGGCCGUCUCCGUGGGGCCAGGGUCGGCCGGGGUGGCACAUCGAGUGCUCGGCGAUGGCCAGCGACGUGAUCGGGGACACGGUGGACAUCCACACGGGGGGCUUCGACCUCAAGUUCCCGCACCACGAGAACGAGCUGGCGCAGGCGGAGGCGCACUUCGGGUGCCAUCAGUGGGUCAACUACUUCCUGCACUCGGGGCACCUGCACAUCGAGGGCCUCAAGAUGUCCAAGUCGCUCAAGAACUUCGUCACCAUCCGCAAGGCCCUGGAGCAGUAUAGUGCGCGGCAGCUGCGGUUGCUGUUCGUGCUGUCGCAGUGGGACAAGCCGAUGAACUACGGGGACGACGCCAUGCGUGACGCGCUGUCCAAGGAGCGGGACCUCCGGACCUUCUUCCAGAACGUGCAAGUCGCACUGCGGGAGGUGCCCCCGCCCGCCGAGGCGGACCAGCGCUGGGGCGCCGACGAGAAGGAGAUGCAGACAAGCAUCGAGGAGGCAGAAGACGAGGUGAGGGCGAGGUUGGAGGACAACUUCGAUACGCCGGGGGCGAUGAGUGCGCUGGACAAGCUCAUGUCCGCUGUGAAUAAGUACCUCAGAAAAGCGCAGCCAGGAAAAGUGCGUGCAUUCCUACUCAAAGACGCAGCGCUGCUGGUCGAGCGGAUACUCUACGUGUUUGGCCUGACCACGGAUCAAGAAUCGUUGAGCCUAGAUUCAGAGGCGGCCGGCGCAGGCGCCUCAAAAGAGCAGCUCCUGGAACCGUACCUCAACGCGUUUGCGGCCUUCAGGGACGACAUCAGAAGCGCGGCCAGGGAGGGCAAGUCGAAGGAGACAAUCUUGCAAGCUUGCGACCAGGUCCGAGACGAGACAAUGGUGGACCUGGGGGUGCGGCUCGAGGACCGUGUGGAUGCGCCCUCGGUGUGGAAACUGGACGACCCCGAGACGAUGCGAAAAGAGCGGGACGCUAAGAAGGAGGCGGCCGACGCCGCGGCCAAGCAAAAGUUGGAACGGAAGCGAGACAGCAAGAAAAAAGACAUCGAGAAAUGGACGAAGGCGUCCGUACCACCCGAGGGGCUGUUCCGGAACGCCAGGGAUGCGCAAGGCCAGCCCAAGUACAGUGCGUUCAACGACGAGGGGGUGCCAACGCAUGAUGCCGCGGGCAAGGAGCUCAGCACAAGUGCACGGAAGGGGGCCGAGAAGGACAUGAGCAAGGCGAGAAGGGGCUUCCAGGAGUACGAGAAAAAGGAGAAAGAACAGCCUGGAUUCUUAGCAGCGCUGCAGGAAGAAGUCAAAGAGUUGAUUGACCAGAUUCAGAAACUCUCCCGGUAGGUAAUCCGUUCUUUAAUCAGGCGUCCUGUCUUGAGGUGCUCUACAAACUAAAUUGUGUUUGCUAGACUGGUGCUAACAAGGUUUCCUAAGCAAGUUGUCAGAGGCCAUGCACUGAAGUAGUGUGGCGCGAACCCUCUCAGAAAAAGUAUUCCCUGUAGUCAUUCGACAUCAGUCAGAGACAGGCACUUGCACUUGAACGUGUCCAUUACAAAGUCCUAGUAAGGUCUCCCAUGGGAAGCCGGGUACAAGGG